CGUCAUCUCUGUUUGUUUUUGUUUUCUGAAAGUUAUGUAGAGUAGGUAGGUAUUGCUUGUUGCCAUAGACUGCGUGCGUGCAGUCGUGGUCACGGUCAUGGCGCAUACAUAUCGGCCUGCAAUGCGAUCUCAAACAUCGAGUCAUCAAAUGUGGACAACCUGCUUCUUUUUCUCCUGCCUGCCCCGAACAGCAACACAGCAACAGCACGUGGGGAGUCGGGGAUUGGGACAGGUUGUCGUUGACGUCGGGUUGCACUUUUGCUGUAGAAAAAGGAAGAAAGAAACGCAGUGGCUCACUGGCUGUGGGUCAGGCCUGUUUCUUUUCUUCCUUCCAGCCAGCCUUGCUGUCACUUCUGUCGUCCUUUCCUUUCCUUUUUGUCUCCUCCUUCUUUAUCUUCUUUCUUCUUUCUUCCGCUCCUUCCUUCUCCCCUUGAGUCGUUGAGUCCUUGAACCUUCCGAACUGGAAUUCCAGUCUGGAACACGGAGCAAGAACCAAACAGGAAUAACCUUCGCAACAGCAACCGGUGCGACGGCGGUGCGGCUCGCAGAGAACCGGUAUGUACUCCACAUCCCCCGCGGUACCUAUGAAUUCCAGGGCGAUGUUCGAAAUCCAUCACAUACCCACUACCGUAGGUAUGGUCGUAGACUCGUAGUACGGACGCA